GCGGGGCGGGGGCCAGUGCCGGAGGUGACGGGAGCUUCGGCGGCGGCGGCGCGGGAGACAAUGCCCGGGCGGGGAGGCGGCGUCUGCGGCCCGAGCCCUCCAUGAGAUGUCCUAACCAGCGGCCCGGGCCCAAUUCCAAGGUCCCCGUUUCACACCUCAUUGGUCCCUGUCACCAUGGAAACAUACAAGGAUGCCCAUUCCGAGGAACUCACCAAGACGAAAGGAAAAGCAGCUGGUAGGGAGCAGCAGGGCAAAGGAGCAGAAAGCAGAGCUCUUGGGCAAACACCUGAGCUUGAAGGCCCUGGUUCUGAACUGCCCCUAGCGGGGCCAGGCAAAUUCAAGAAGACGGCACUGAAGCUUUUUGGUGGCAAAAGAAGCAUCUGUACUCUUCCCAGCUUUUUGGGGGGUGGCCGAAGCAAAGGACCAGGGAAAGGAGCUGCAAAGAAGGGGCUGAGCAAGAGUAAGACCCACGAUGGCCUACAAGAGGCCUGCCAGGAGUCAGACCCACCAUCUGUCAAAGGAGCUAACCACAAUUCACCCCUGGCUUCGUCCCCCCACUUGCUCCCUAGCUCCCUGAACUCCCAUGGAGCCCUAGAGACAGAAACUGUACUCAAGAAAUCCCUACCCAGUGGGCCUGAGAAGCCCAGACCAGAGAGGCCUUCAGCUGCACCCCGGCCAAAGAAAGGAUUGAAAGGGUUAUUCAGUAGUAUUCGCCGCCACCGUAAGUCCAAGGCCCUCGAGCCUGCGCAAAGUUUUUCAGACAAAGAGGGACUGGGGCCACCCAAAGAAGGAUCUGGGGAGCCUCUGGGCUCAGCCCCUCAGCCCAUCACCAAGGAUGAGUGCUCGCCUCUCCUGCCAACAAAAGCUAAAACCGUUGAAGUCCAAGGCCCAGAACUAGACCCUCUUCCACCGGUCACCACAGAGCUGUUCCAGGAGAACCCAGAGCAACUCUUGUCUGCCUCCAGCUCUGUGCCUCUGCCACUUGAAACUAAUCCUGAACCUAGUGGGCCGGGAGAUUCCCCCGGCCUGGAGGUGAGGGGAGAUGAAGACGAGGGAGAGACACCCUUAAGCCUCUCUGGGGACCAGCUGAACCUCCUAUUUGGGGAUGUCACAUCCCUAAAAAGUUUUGAUUCCUUGACAGGCUGUGGAGACAUUAUUGCAGAGCAGGACGUAGACAGCAUCAGUGAGAGCGUCGUCUCUGCAGAGCGAGGACCUGGGCGAGAGUCUGCCAAGCGGAGCUCCUGCUUAGUCACCUACCAAGGAGGUGGUGAAGAGAUGGCCAUGCCUGAGGAAAUGGAAGAGGAGGAGGAGGAAGAGGAAGAGGAGGAAGACGAAACCAUGAGACAUUUGUCUGAGAGGGCUGAUUCGGCACAGGAAGAGACCGCCAUGUAUUGCCUCACCAGAGAGUUGGUCCCCCACAGCUGCUAUCUAUUUGAGGGGGCCCAGCCAUAUGCUAAUCCUGAGCCUGCGGAGCUCCUGACUCCCCAGAGUGAUCAGCAAGAGUCUGCCCCUAAUAGCGAUGAAGGUUACUAUGACUCAAACACCCCAGGACCAGAAGAUGAUUGUGGUGACGGCCUGGGCCCUACAAAGAAAGAUCGCUUGCCACGGGACAGCUACAGCGGGGAUGCCCUCUAUGAGUUCUUUGAGCCUUGUGACAGCCUCACAGACUCCCCGCCAGGGGAUGAAGGCCUGUUCGAUCCUCCGGGCCCUGGUCACGAACUUUUUGGCAAUUUCUUGUCUUUUGAACAUUUUCCCCCCAACAAAGAGCUGGACCCAUUUCUGGGCACUAUGGAGACAGAGGAGGAAAGGUUGGUGGCCAUUCAAAGGCAGCUGCUUUACUGGGAGCUCCGGAGGAAGAGACAGGAGCCCCAAGAGCCCUAUCCCCAGCGGGAAAAGCCCGAUGAAGAGCAUCACAAGAGGCUCCCGGGCCCUUGCAGGAAGGGUCCAGGGGGGCCACCCCUUGCCGGCCGGAACCUCAACUCAGUCUUACCCGUUGCCCCGGUUUGGAGGGAUUUCUCCCCUCCAGAAGAAUGUUAUGAGUGGAAAGACCAAAGCAGCUGCCUGCUUCAGCUCUGCCCAGGUGACCAAGUAUUUGAGUCGGGUCCAGAGGAGACUGGCUUUGAGGGCAGGUCCCCAAAUAGGACCUAUCAUGCCUACUUGCCCGUGGAAAGCCCAGAAGUAGAUCCAGAGGAGCGGGAGGAAGAUCCUGCCAUGAGCUUCUCCCAGGCCCUGGUAGAGUUCACGAGUAAUGGGACCCUGUUCUCCAGUCUUUCCGGCAGCUCUGAUUCCGAUUCUUCUUUCGCCCAGAAUCUCCCAGUGCUUCCGCCCAUGGUGACCUUUGACAUUGCCGAUGUGGAGCGGGAAGGAGAAGGGGAGUGUGAGGGCCCCCCCGAGUUCCCUACCAAUGAAGAGGACUUUGACGUAGGCUACAUUCCCAAGGAGGCCUUGGACGACUUGGACGAUCGCUUCUUUUUUAGUUCUUUCCGAGGCUUCCCGUGGGGAGUGGGCAGCCUCCCCAGGCACCUGGGUCUGCCUGGCCUGAGCCCUCCCCCCCUUCCACCUCCCGUGACCCUCAACAGGAGGAGCCGCUCCCUGGACACAGAGACCCUGGAACUGGAAUUGACUGGCUCUCAGCUAGCCCCGACUUACAUGGAAUCUGCAAAGCUGGCAGAGUCUAGGGAGGGAAGGUGGGAAUGGGAAAGCCCUUUUGGCUCCUGCCUAGAGCCCCCAGAAGCAUAUGACUGGCCAGCCUGGACCCACUGUUCCCCAUCAACGGGGCCUGAGCAUAACUGGCAGCAGUCAGAUGUGGCUAGAACCCCAUUUGGGUCCCCGGCCUGCUAUGGCUCCCUCCAGGGGCUAGCGCCAAGAGACUCCUGGAAUCCGGGGCCCCAAGUUCGGCAGCAGGCCGUCCGUCCUUCUCACCUGGACUUGGAGGGGGGCCCGUUCUGGAAUCCUCAAGCACAUUAUACCCAGGCUGAGGCCAAGAAACAGGCAUUCGUGAUGCCCCUAGAAUCCAAAGGGCCUACCAGAGGCUUCUCCUCUAGUCUUUCAGCCAAGUGCAAAUCUGUGGGUGUCAUCCAAGGGGUACCCCUCUCCCCUCAGGGCUGGGAAGAAUACCCCAAAUGGUACUCCUCCCAGUCUCGGGGUACCACUACUAAUCAGCCCAAAGGAAGGGGCAACCAUGGCGUUCCUUUUCCUCCCAGUAACCCAUCCAGUGCCAUGAAUGUGAGCACAACCAAAUAGCACCUGCUGCAGCUGCUGGGGCCUAAGCCUCUAGUGCUAGGCCCAGAACAUAAGAGGUGCUUGCCGUUGAACUCAAAGAGUAUUUUACCCCACGAAAGCUAUUUUAAGUUGUAAAAGUUCUUUCCUCCAUUGGCUGUAUCAUACGGAAUAUAUAUAUCCCCAUCAGAAAACAGAUGCGCCCCUAUCUUUUUCUUUGUCCUUUUUUUUGUUUUUUUAAGAUCCAUUCAGGGUUUUGGCUGCCAUGCCUUCAUACCCACAAUGCCUACCAAGUCAGUGAUGUUGCUUUCUUUGAACCUGCCACGGCACUGAUUACCAGCAAGGGACCAGCCCCUCUCCUUCCCCCAACACUACCUAUUUGAUGUGGUUUCUCAACGGGAAAUUAUGGUGCAAUUCUCCCCCUAAUUCAGCAUAUUUGCUACCUUUGGCUCAAGGGUGAGAAUAUCCCCACUGAUCUCUGACCCCAGUGUCCUUCGAGGGUAGGAAGCUGGUUUCUAAGUACUGUUCCCCUAGGUACAAGGGAGUCCACCUUGUAACCUGGGCUGUGGAGUGACUUGGAGUGGACAAAAUCCCCAUUCCCUGGUGGGGGGAUUGGACUCUUCAAGAUGAAAACAGGAAACGAGUCUCUUGCAGGCAUCACCCAUAGAAGCCUUUUCCCUUCAAUAAGCUAAAUGUUGGGGUCUAGCUAAGUUCCUUUCAACAUUUUCUCCUGUUUUCCUCAGAAGAAAGUUUUCAUAGUCUCCUCACAAAGAACAUACUCUCCCAAUUAGAGUAUGGGAUCGUGAGAUGGCCUAAAUUAGACUUUGCUGGACUUUGAGGUGUUUUUCAGUGGUGGUCAUGUCAUCAUGUGGUCAUGUUUUUCAGUGGUUGGUUGGUUGUCAUGUCGUCAUAGGGUAGUUCAGUUUGGUUUGGUUUUUUAGGAGAGUGGAAGGAGAGCUAAAGAUUUGUCCAAGGCCUCGUUAAAGAAGAAAGGCCCCUUGAGAGGUGGGAGGUGCAGUCCCUUGGGUCCAGCUUCCUGGUAUGUUGUCCUGCAAGCUUCACUCCGGUCAGAAGCCAAAAUCAUGCCCUGUGAGGACCUGUUGUUAUUUAGCCGGCUGGCACCAAACUCUGCCCUUGCGUUGGCUACCAAAAGCAUCUCUGGCUUCUUCGUGUCAGAAGAGCUUUUAUUUGCCAAUUCGUUUGGCCUCAGCAUCACCAAAGACCAUGUGUCUCUCUCCCUCCCCCCUCCCCAUUUCUUCCAUGCUGCUGCACCAAGAAUUGCAUGAGUUCCACUUUUCAAACCAAUCGGUUCCCCCUCCCCUCUUGUUUCUGAUCAUUUUUUAACAUCUAACUAAGUUAUAAGUGAUGGCGGGAGCUCCCUGGCACAAGCCCAUUAAGGGAGUCUUCUUGGUGCUGCAGUGGGGGAAAAGAAGGGUUUGAAGUCAGAGCUUCUGAUUUUGAAGCCCGUCUGCCACUUCACUUAGCUAUGUGACUCUGGGCAAGUCACUUCCCCUCUCGGUCUCAGUUUCCUCAUCUGUAAAAUGAGGGGGUUGGAUUGGUGGUUGGUUUGUGAUUCUCUGAAACCCCAUGCUGAGCCUCUCAUUAUUCAUGGGAAUAGGGCUCUGAGUAAUUCUGCUUGAGUUUCUUUUGAAUUGCAUGCAAGAUAUUAGUCUUCUGGGUGUGUAAUGACCCAAAUUCUGACUUAUUUCCCCCUCCCCCUACUUGGAUCUGGAAGGAUAAAGUUACCGGAGCUUUCUAUUUGGAGAAGGCUGCCUGCACAGUUGUUGCAGGAUGCCAAAGGGCCCGGGACUGCCAUAGCCUGCAUCAUCGAGCUUGGAAGUAGUCAUUGGUCGAGGAUCUGGUCACUUCCCUUUUGCCGUUCGGGUGUUCUUGGAUGGAUUUAGCCAGUUGAAGGAUCAUGCCUUUCGAUGGCAACAAGCGAAACUAGUGCUAGCUGAUGGUUUGUGCCGCCAGGGCCUUUCCUUCUUCUUAGUGAAGGCCCCACCCCUGUUAGGAGGCCUUGCAUUCCAGAAAAAUGUGCCCACAUUCCUCUUCCCUGGCCUCCGCCCAGUGCUUGUCCGGGGAGGCGGGAGCUGAAAUACGUCUGGCUGGUCUGGCAGGAAGUCACCAGUCUCGGCCCACUCGGGCCCUGGCUUUUCCUCCAGGGCAGCCGAAGUUUCUGUCUGCUCAUUUGAACCCGGUUACCUCGGGCUCCUCAGCCCAUGCCAGUGAAAGGCAAGCAGCCAGCAUGGGAAAAGAAGAGAGGAACUGGGUGGGAAGUCCUUUGGAGGAUUGCCAACAGAGAAAGAGCUGGGAGCCCAACAUACAGCGCCAGUCACUUGGGAUGAGUCAGUGCUAUCCUUAAAGACAGUUGGGACUCCAGCUGAGACCUCUUUUCUUUGCUUGGGCCUGAGACGAGACUGGAAACAGGAAGAAUCCUAUGCAGGAAAGAGCAGAAAGCCCACCUUUGGACUGCAUGAUUGAAUGGAAGCCAAAACAACCAGUUAUGUUAAAUGCACAUGCUCAGCCCAUCCUCCUUUAGGAUCUGUGGCUGCUCAUUGUCCUUGCCAGACACAUUUGAGCCGUUAGAGGCUCACUCUUCAUCCAAAUGGUCUGUGCUAAAAGGGCAGAAGAGGAGCCGGUACCUUGGGCCAGCUCAGGUCUGAGAAAUGAAUCCCCUAAGAGCCCUGUUCAAGUAGAUCACGCUUGGUAAAGUAGGGGCCACAGGACAACUGGAGGAGUCGAUUCCAGACUGUUGGUACUGUGACAAAUGAUUAAUCCUGAGAUUUGAGACCAUAGAAUUUAGUGUUGGAAAGGGCCCUUUGGGUAAUCUAGUCUACCCUUGUUUUCUACGUGAGGAAACUGAGUGCAUACGGUGACUUGCCCACGUUGCAGAGCCCCAAAUACAAAUCUUUUCACACUGCCUCAAGCUUUGACGGAUAAGGAGGAAGACAUCGGAAUAGAAAGUGCUUGCCCAGAAAAGUGAAGGAAGGUCAUGUUUUCUUUGCUGGCUCUCCCCAAUCCAUUUCGGAACAUCCAGCUAGACUUCCUGCUCCAGGUACCCUCCAGGUACCAAAAGUCCAAAGCAUCGCAUUUCGAAUCAGAAGACCUGUGUUUGAAUUUGCACUCUGGUACUUAAUAGUUGGGCAAGUUCCUUUCUCUCUGGGCCUCAGUUUUCCUUUUCUGUAAAAUAGCAAGUUAGGCUAAAUGAUCCCUAAGCAUCCUUUCAGCUCUAAUAGUAUGAUUUCAUUAUGGCUUUGCUUCCCUUUCCAGUCUGUAUAAGGCAUCCUGCCUUAGCACCCACUUGGAGUUUUCCCAUCCCCAUUCCCCAAACCUGAAGGACAUCUCAGCCGGCCAUCUUUUGCCCUAUGGAAAAUGAGCUUCUUGGCUCUUUUCCAGGAGCCAGGCAAAGUGGCCAGUCUGCCCACAUCUACACCUCAAAUCAAGUAGAAAGCCAAGAGCUUGCUCUGAACUGGGGUCUCUAAAACACUCAGGUGUUUUGGAACGGGGGGGAGGGAAGAAAGGGCUUGGAGGGCGUCCACUUCACCUUAUCCGGGGGUAUGUUACAUCCAAGUUGCUUUUAAUAUAUAUAUAAAAGGCCAAUUUUAUCUA